CACCACAAAAUUUUCUGGAAUAAUAGUCAAUUUAUUCAUUUCUUUUAAACUUUCUUCACAUCACUUCCUCUUCUUCAAAGUUUUACGUUGCUAAGGAAUUAUACUUGCUAGGAAACCUGCCAGGAUCUUGUUUUGUUUAGUCAAUAUUACGUUUUCAAUAAAUGCUUUGAAUUCAACCUAAAACUGACUAUGGAAGAGCGCAAUAGCAAUUAUUUGGAAUCCGAUGAAACAUUAAAUAAACAUUACAUUAAGUGGGUGAAGCCUGGAAAUGUAGAUCGAAUUGCAUUUGUCAACGAUGACGUUUUGGCUAUUGUGUGUGCAAAUUUCAUCCUCUUCUACAAUUUGACUACAAACACUGAAUCAAUUUAUCAAGCUGAUUGUGAUGAGAAGGGCAAUGGUAUUCGAUUCGUUGCCGGCUAUGGCUAUGCUUAUAUAUUUGCUUUGUCUGACAAAUCACUCAAAUGUAGAAUCAAAGUUUGUAGCUAUCCUCAAUUUGAAGUCAUCACCACCCUGGGUGAAGAGAAACAAGAUGACUUCUAUGUUGCUCUGGCAUUCAGUCCGUCUGAGUAUUUGAUCAGCCUGACUGGCCUCCCCUCCUAUGAAAUUGCAAUGUGGAAUUGGCGGACUGGUGAGAAGCUGGCUAGUGCAGGCUCUGGGCUCAAAUUCAACUUGCAGACUAUCAAGUUCAGCCCUCAUUCGCCUUCGGUAUUCUUCCAAUUUGCUCGAAAUAAAGUGGAUGGACAUGGUGGUCUGCGACUAUGGGAAACUGUCAGCUCCACCAAUUCGCAUAAAUUGAUUCCAACCGACAUCAAGUUCAACGAAUAUCACCGAGAAAUCACCAGCUGCUGCUGGUCUCCAGAUGGACAUCUGUUUGGUGUCGAUACCACAGGAAAUAUCCAUGUUGUUGCCAAAGAUGAAACAUCGUGGAAAAAGCUAGCUAUUUGCAAACAUACAAGUACUUCUGAUCAACCAGGAUGCUUUCAAUUGCUGUGGUUCAAAGGUGGCUUAUUGAAGGAGCUGAAAAACAAGGCUGUUCAGCAUUACAAACGUUUAUCUCCCACUGAAUGGCAGGUUAGCUGGAAACUCAAUGUCUCCAUUGAUACAAAAAUUUUAUUAAUAAAUCGAUCAAGAGAUUGUAUUAUUGGAUAUGGAAAUGAGGGAGAGUUGGUGAGAAUUGAUGGAAAAACGUCUUGUAAGUUUAUAAAAACAUUCAUGUUCAAAUUUGAGAGGGCAACGUUCCUCUAUCCCUGCAAAAAUACCUUGGCCACCAUAUCAGAAAACUACCUGACGGUGUGGUUUGUGGAUACUGGAGAACUUGUUGGGAACCUAAAGUUUGAAUCAGAGUGCAUUUAUCUCAGCUGUCUGACUGAGACCGCUUCUAGUGAAUCCAAGUGUAUAUUUUGUGUUGUACUGUCUUCUGGAGUGAUGGCACUUCUCAUGCUGGAGGAUGAAACACAUCGUCCAAUCGUGAUCAGUUUUGUGUACCUUUGCAAUGAGCGCAUCUGUGAUGUUCCCUGCUUUCUCUCUGAUGACAGCCGAAUGCUUGCUACUGCUUGCUUCAACACUGGAAAGCUAUUUACAUUGACGUUGGAUUCAGAGAAGAUGUCUGAUGGUAAUUCUGUUGAAGUUGCUAAUUUUGUCGACAUUGGAACAAGUAUUCAGAAAGCAAAAUUCUCUAAAGAUGCUAGAGAGGCGGAAUAUUUUUUAAUUGUUCUAAAAGAAUCUGAUACAACUUGUGAUAGUAAAUUUGUGAUUUUCAACACAAAAUUGGAAACUGUUGCUAAUAUCAUCAUGCACGAUUGCCAAGUGGUUGACUUUAUUCCUGGCUUUGACAAUAAAUGCUACAUGGCUAUACAAGGCUCAAUAAUGAUACAUGUUGUUCACUUCCAGUAUGAAGAGGAAAGAGCGACAACUGUUUCAAAAGUUGAUAAUGGCCAUCGUAUGCGAGGCUUCCAUUUUUCAAGCUUCCAGAAUGAUGUGCUGUCCUUUGGAUGGGAUGGACUGAUCCUGGUAAUUGAUCAGCUCUCAGGCAAAGUGGUUGAAACUAUUUGUGCGCUAUACAGAUUUGAAGAUGGCAUCAACUAUGCAAUAUCAGAUGGUGACAGAAGGCAUAUUCUAGUGAUCUCCAAGGACAGUUCUCUUGUUUGCUAUCAAUUGAACGAAGAGAUGAGCAGUGAAAGCAAACCAAUGAAAAAGAGUGUUGACUCUCCCUCCAAGGAUAUUGUCACAGAAAUGGCCAAGCCAUCUUACGUGUAUCCUCCUGGUGGUAAUUUUGAGAAGACAUGGCUGAACCUUUACAUGCAUGAGUGCUCUGUAAGGGAGAUGGAAACAUGUGAAUUUGAUAUAACCUUCAUUAACAGACAUCUUGCUGAACUGAAAAAUGAGAUUCGGUCUAUGUUGGAUGACAAUAUGAAUGCGAGUGAUGAAGAACGUCUGGACAUUGAGGAGUUCCAACUGGACUGGGAAAUGCAUGAGAGGAGGAAAUCGAAUGCUCUGGCCGAACAGGAUCAGCUGAGGCAAUCCUAUCUCGAUCAGAUCAAUGAAUACAACGGCAUGACCAGCAAAAUUGUUCGCAACUGUUGGGAUGCAAUGCAUGUCAAGACUCGACGCAUCAAGGCUAUAGAAGAUAUUUUCUCUGUAGAAAAUUAUGGUCAGCUUCCAAAGAAUGCUGACAUUGAAGCCGAGUUGAAAAAAGUACAGACUUUGCAAAGAAUUCAAGUAAAGUACAAAUUUGGAGAGAGGUUCUUUCCUUGGCUUGAGCAGUCAAGCACAACAAAACAUAAAUGCAGAACAAUAUCAGAAGAGGACAGACUGAAAAUAAUUUCAAUGGUGAAUGGACAAGAUAGUGAUAAGAAUCCAAUUUCAGAACAGAGUGCUAGGGAUGCGAUUGAAGUGGCUGAGAUUGGGCGUCGCUUUGAGUUGUCGGGAGCCAGUAGUUGGAAGUUUGUUGAUAUCCCCGAACAACUUGUAUCUCAGAUGACAUUCACCAGUCAUAUUGACACUUGUGUAAACUUCAUCAUGUUUGAGUUGGUGCUAACUGAAUUGCAAGAUUUCUUCAAUAAAAAGUUUGAUGAAGCAUUCGCUGUGAAAGAAAGAGAAGUUGAUGAAAUAACUCGAUGUAACAACCGAUUGAGAGAAAUACAUUUCGAAAUGGAGCAUGCUUGCAAGAAUCCAACCUCAGAAGAUCUACCAACUGAUCCCAAAUUCUUUCCAGUGGAAAAACCAUCCAAAAUAAUCACAGUCGACGAUAGUGAGGUGCCAGUUGAACCGUAUGUGUCACCGAGUGAAUUGCAACUGAGAGCUGAACGACAUGCCGAGGAGGAGAGACAGCGCCUCCUCCUGUUGGCCGACAAUUUCAGGGAGCUUGCGUUGAUGGAAAUGAUGGAUGGUGUUCUGGAAAUUCGCUGGGAAGAUGAACUCAAGAAGGAAGUCGAUCUCCCCAAAUGUAUGAAAACCAAAGACCCGGAAGAUUUUGAUGAGAACGAUUUGAAAACAGUUAUGGAAUAUGAGAAGCAGUGUGAAUUUUUGAAUUCAGAGCGAGAACGCUAUAGAAAAAUGCUUGUACAGGAGUAUAAUAAAUUGAAGGAUCAUAUUGCUGACUCCAUUCUUAAAUUUGAUCAUUACUUACUCAGUAUCCUCCAUUUGAAAAUUGCUGUUGACGCGGCAAUAAAUCAUGAAAUGCUGAAGAUGACAAAAUCCAGACUAAACUGCUACAGAUUCACGCAUUUUGAUGAAAAAGAAAUAGAGUUGGCGAGAUACGUGCGUGAGGUCGAGCGCGAAUCAGCUGAACAGCUGCGUCAGCUGGAGUUGCUUAGAGAGAGCGAGGCAGCGGUGCAAGCUGCGCAUGAGCAGACCGUGGCACGUGACAAGCAAAUGGAGCGGCGGUUUAAAUCGGAGCUUAUUAACUACAAUCUCACCCCCAUUGUGCUUGACCAUCUCACCAAGCAGUUCAAACGUCGCCCAAAAGUGAUGCAAGUGUCAGCCGCAUCUCCGCAGCUGCUGUAUGAUGUGGCGAAAUGCGUGCGAAACCCAGAGCUGCAGUACCAGGUCUACUUGCCAUCAGAAUAUCACGAUUUCCUCAAGUCACUGGACAACUAUGAUUCCUUCUCCAAUGCACCCGCCAACUUUGACGAGAAUGUUUGGAAGGUAUUUGUGCAAGUCAGAAGAAACAAAGUCGAGAAUGAAUUUAAGGUGAAAGCCAGUGCUCUGGAAGUGGCAGAUUCAGAGAAAAUGGUAGCAAGAGCCAUAAGUGCAAUGCAGUCACUCAAUGAAGAAGCGGCUCAUAGUAAACUACGAUCUCUCAGAGAGGAAAGAACCAAAUUCAAUCAGAACUUCCAGGUUCAACUAGUAUUGAAACAAGGCCAAGUUGAGCUUCAAACCUCGGGACAGAUAUCGGAUUUUGAUGAUUGCGUAUUGGUUGAUAAAAGUCUAGUUGAAGAUAUCAAUAAUCUUGUCAAACAAGCUGGUGCAUCAAAGUUGAAAGUAAUGCUGGAGGCUGCCAAUUUUCACAGAGGAAUAAUUUUCAAGGAAUGGGAACAUAAAAUGCUGAGGAUGAGAAUAGAAGAUCUCAAACACGAAUUACAACAGAUUGAUGGUGUCAGGGUGACAAGAUAUGUGAAAAAGUAUCUGAAAAAAGUAGAAAGAUUUGGUGAACCAACCUUGGAAGAUUUAAUCGCAGUCAACAAAGAUGUUCCGGCUUUAAAAAUGAUACAAGCAUGCCAUGAACGGGCUGUGAAAGACCUGAAACUAAAACAGAAUGAGGUUGAAAAAGAGUUUAAUGAAAUGGAACAAGAAGGUCAAGAUCUUGAUAACCGAAUUUCAAGUUUGAAUGAUGAAGUAACCGAGCUGCAUAUUCAAAGGGAUCUCGAGUUUGAGUGCAGUGAACAAUCAGAUGUACAACGAAGGAUGAAUGUGAUUAACAGAAGAGGUCGACUUACUGAAAAGAUAAAUGAAACCAACAAAGAAUUGGCGAUCCUUCAAACUGAGUUGGAAAUACUUCGUAUGAGAACCUAUCCAACUUUGAGGCACAGGUCGUUGAUUUGAGUCCACUUCUAUAAUAUGAUGAUCCGAAGUUUGGUACUUGUUGGACUCUUGAAAUAUCAAUUUUAUCACCACCAAGUCAUUGGAACUGAUGAAAAUGGAUCAAAUACUGGUGAUGAGUGACGUCAUACCCCGUUGCCAGUGUAUCAAGAGAGGGGACAGGUAGUUCCAAAGAACAAAAGACUGUAAAUUCAGUAAUUGCAUCUUGAAAGCAAUGAUCCUGCUCCAUUACAACUGAAAAAUGAGCGUACUACAUAAGGACUCGUAUUCUAUUUCUAAUACAAGGAGAUUCAUAAUUAUUAUUAUUAUUCUCACUUGGCAAAGAUUGUGUAAUUACUUUUUUAAGGUUAUUACAUAUUUCAAAUAUUAUUCUAUCUUCAAGUAUUGAUCAAAUUGAGCUAAUAAAAAACUGAAAAAUGAAACAAUUCCUUUGAUCU